GUGCCUGUCACAAGACUGCGAGUGUGACUGAGCAGUUGGAGUGCAGAGGAGUAGCAGGAGUACAGUUUUCUUUCUCUUCCGAAGUGGUCAAACAACACCAACAUGGGACUUCUGCUGUACUCGCAGCACGUCGUUUACGCAACUUCGCUGUUCGCGUUCCUUAGUAUCGCUCUUUACUAUAUGUGCUCGGGUAGAGGUGUCCGAUUCGAUGUAGGAUGGUUCCUGACUUCUAUUCAGCCUCAUGUUUGGUGUGGGAUGGGCAUCAGCCUAUCGAUCGCGCUCUCGGUCAUCGGGGCUGCUUCAGGAAUUUACACGACCGGUGUAUCGAUCGUCGGUGGCGGAGUCAAAGCUCCUCGAAUCCGGACAAAGAAUUUGGUUUCGAUCAUUUUCUGUGAAGCCGUCGCUAUCUACGGAAUCAUCAUGGCAAUCGUAUUGACGAACAUGAUAGAGAACUUCGAUCCGGAUCACUCUCCUGCCACCCUGAGACAGAACUACGGCUCCGCUUACAUCGUGUUCGGUGCGGGUCUCACCGUCGGUUUCGGAAAUUUGGUGUGCGGCAUGUCCGUGGGAAUUGUCGGAUCUGGAGCCGCUCUCGCUGAUGCUGCGAAUCCCGUGCUCUUCGUCAAGCUGCUGGUUGUUGAAAUCUUCGCGUCUGCCAUCGGACUGUUCGGACUCAUCGUUGCCAUCAUCAUGACCUCCUCAGUCAAGAUGGGAAACCAAGGUCCAUGAGGAGGAUCUUCUGCCGAGAGAACGACUGACAGUAGGAGCAUCAUAUCAGAUGAUUUGCAAGUUUGAGUGUUUCGGUCGAAAGGAAGCUCCCUCUUUUCGGAGAGGCAGAUUUAGUCUGUAAAUAUUGUUUUCAAAUGAGUUACUUAAGAAUGCGUUAUAUCCAGCUGAUGAGAAUAAACCAAAACGAAUGACUCGACGAUA